GGGGAGAAUUCAGGCUCGAUUUGAUCUAGUACCCACUUGUUUGUUUUUUUGGCUGCCCGUGGUACCUGCAGAUUCCCGGGUGGAGGGUAUUUCUUCACAGCAUGUGACUGCUCAGAAAGCCCGCGUGGAAUUGGCCUAGUGUGAGGCCGGACGACCCGCACUUCUUUCCUUGGCUGGUCUGAUCUCUUAGACGGAUCUUGUGUUGUUCCAUCAACUGCUCUCCUUUCCAUGGCAACGUAGCCACACAAACAGUCACAAAAGAUAAAAUGAAAAACAGGACAAAAGUUAAGCUGUAGGACUAUUGUGCUCAUGGGUUUGGGUUUUUUUUUAAAUACCAGGAUGGGAGCUUUUGCAAUAAUCUUGCCACCCUCUUCUUUUGUUCCCUUGCCAAGGCCUUGCAGGCAUAAUCUCCUGUUUGAUUUGCUCGCUGGGAGCUGUGAGGAUGUUUACUCCUGCUUCUUGCAGCUGUUGCCAUUUCAGACAGUUCUGUUUCUUCUUUGGCGGCAGUUUGGGGCACAGCGCUCCCAUACACACUGAUGCAAAGAUGAGGGGAGCUUUGCAGAGGUGGGCAAAAUGCCUGCUUCUCUUGAACACAGCAACCGUUGCGGCCUCAGCCAUGCAAACAGUGAGCUUGGUAGACUUUUGUGGCCAGACUCUCCAAGGGGACGGGAUGGUGCUGACUUCCCACCGAGAUUCCCGGCGUUACUACUUUGUGGUCACUGGCACUGACUGUGAGGUCACGCUGCAGGCUGCCUCCCCACAAGACAAAGUGCAGUUCCAGUUCCGCUUCUUCCUGGUGUACAGCCCGGGGCCUGUGCAAUCCAGCACUCCACUCAGCACCCACAAAGAGCAUCUCCUCCUUGGUCCGCCCAAGCCCAGAAGGGAGCAGGAGACCCUGGGCCUCUGUACUGCAGGUUCCUAUGUGCAACUGUACGACGGCAAGGGCCACACCACCCGGCCCCUGGGGGCUCCACUUUGCGGGAAGAACAUCCCCAGGCCCACUGUGUCUACCGGCAGCUUCCUGACCUUGCGGCUUGUGACCCGUGGCCAGCAACCCCGUGUGGACUUCGUGGGCGACUUCACCUCCCUCCGAACCGGGCUCAAUGCUUCAGCCUGCAGUGCAGAAAUGUACUUUCCCUGUCGCAACGGCAAGUGCAUCCCCCACAGCUUGGUGUGUGAUAGCAGCAAUGUUGAUAACUGCGGCGAUGGCACAGACCAAGGUGUCCAGCCCCCAGCUCAGUGCAAAGGCUCUCCCGCGCGUCCAUCCCCCCUGCCUGCCAAGUCCUCUGCUGCAGUUGGUGCUCUGCCAAGUCAGGUCACCUGUGCAGGACCCAAGGAGAGCCCGCCGUCCCCUCCAGGCGAUGCCGCCAGGGACCAAGCAGACAAGCACGGGCCUCUCUUUGCCUCACUGGCUGCCAUCGGAGGGGUCGCCCUGCUGUAUUGGUGCUGCUGGAACCCAGGCUUCUUCCUGUGGAGGGUCAGUGCUUGCAGGUUCCUGCCUGGCUGCAACGCCAUCUGUGCUGCUUGUCACCUUUGCGCUCAGAGCUGUGCCCGCCGGAAGCCCCCCCAAGUGACUCCAGGGGCCAGUGCUGGACCACCUGUGUGACAUUGGCCCUUGAGGCAGAGACGCGAUGGAGCUGAGCAGCCAGCCAGCUGCGGCAUCUGCGAUCGAGCUGCUCUCCAGCAAUCCAAGAGGGCAGGAAAAUGCCACGCCAGGCCCUGGCUCCCAGGCCUACUCCUCCCCUGCAAGAAACCUGAGGCAAGGAAGCAGCUUGCAGCAUGGCAAAGUGCUUAGGGUGCUGGCCCAGAAGCAAAUCCUACUCAAAUGGAGCUUGCUCGGUGACUUUGGGCCGGUCGUGCCACCUCUCAUGGUUGGUGUGAGGCUAGACUAGCGGGUAAGGGAGAACUGGAUCUGCCUCGGAUUCCCGAAGGAGGGGCAGGAGAGAAGUGUGAUAGAUAAAAGAAAAAGUGAGCCCCCCUCGCUGGAGAGGAAGUGGGUGGGGCUUCCUGCAAACGGAAGGGGCUCAGGGUGGUCUCCAGGCCCCAUCAGCCUGCGGGCCGCAGAGUCCCACCUUGACGGCAGUCGCACGAGACACUCCCUGCGACCCCUCCUCUUCCCCACGAGUGGAAAGCUGGUCACCGGAGAAGCACGUGGCCGGCCGGGGAGCGUACUGCUUGCCCUCCUCCUCGCUGUGCCGUUGACCCCAGAGCUGGCAGCAACUGCUCCAGCCCGGCCUUUCUCCCCCGCCCUCCUCGUCUCCUGGGUUCACCACUUUCCCCAGGGCCAACUGGUGCAACAGUCUCUUAGCUGAGAGCUGUCCAACAGAAGCAACAGACUUUCGGGGUUCAGCAC